GCCCCCUUGUGGACCAGGAGGACCCUGAGCCCCCCCACAUUAAAGAGGAACAGGAGGAACCGUGGACCAAUCAGGAUGGACAGCAGCUUCAAGGACUGGAGGAGGCUGAUAUCAAGUUCACAUUGACUCCUGUCGCUGUGAAGAGUGAAGAAGAUGAAGAGAAACUUAAAUCGUCAAAGCUUCAUCCCAGUGAGAUGAAGGAGAACAGAGCGGAAUGUGGAGGACCAGAACCAGCCAGGAACUCAGGUCCUGAUGGACGUUUACAACCAGGUCCUGAGGACAAGACUGACUCUUCUGAGACUGAAGUCAGUGAGGAUGAAUGGAUGGAGACCAGGGAAACUCAGACUGGUUUAAAUACAAGAAAUAACAAACAGCCUCUAAAUGAUAUGGGAUGUAAGACAGAAAAAAAAAUGUUUAGUUGCCCUGAGUGUGGUAAAAGAUUUAAACAUAGGUCCCAUCUAAAUACACAUAUGAGGAUUCAUACUGGAGAGAAACCGUUCAAUUGCUCUGAGUGUGGUAAAAGAUUUAACCAUAGGGGCCAUCUAAAUUGCCAUAUGAUGAUUCAUACAGGAGAGAAACCGUUUAGUUGCUCUCAGUGUGGUAAAAAAUUUAUCAAAGGAAGCGAUCUAAAUAGACAUAUGAAGAUUCAUACAGGAGAGAAACCGUUUAGUUGCCCUGAUUGCUCUGAGUGUGGUAAAAGAUUUAAACAUAGGGGCAAUCUAAAUAAACAUAUGAGGAUUCAUACAGGUGAGAAACUUUUUAGUUGUGCUGAGUGCGGUAAAAGAUUUACCGAAAGGGGCCAUCUAAAAACACAUAUGAGGAUUCAUACAGGAGAGAAACCUUUUAGUUGCUCUGAGUGUGGUAAAAGAUUUACCGAAAGGGGCAGUCUAAAAACACAUAUGAGGAUUCAUACAGGAGAGAAACCGUUUAGUUGCUCUGAGUGUGGUCAAACAUUUAACCGCAGCUCACAUCUAAAUACACAUAUGAGGAUUCAUACUGGUGAGAAACAGUUUAGUUGCUCUGAGUGUGGUAAAAGAUUUAAGCGAAGGAGUGAUCUAAAUAGACAUGUGAGGAUUCAUACAAGAGAGAAACAGUUUAGUUCCUCUGAGUGUGGUUAAAGAGUUAAAGGAGACAUAUUAUGCCCAUUUGACCGCAGUUGAUAUGGUUCAUUGGGGUCUUAAUGAAAUGUCUGUAACAUAUUUUGGUCAAAAUACCACAAGGAUCACUUAAAACAGCACCCUUUUUACCCUGUCUAAAACAGCUUUCCUCAGAUUGACCUGUUUUGAGUGCCCCGCCCCCCUCUCACCCCUCCUCCCUCCUUCACAAGAUACAAGCGCCCAGAUUUUAAGCUAUCCAUUACCUCUGUAGAAAUAUGGCUACUGGAGACAAAGAUACAAUCUUGCAACCAUAUCGUUUUGAACCAGAGUCAGGUGGGCCGAAGCCUGGCUCGGGGGGGACGGGCCUGCGAGCUGACCGGGCCGGUGGAGCCGGGCCGUGAAGCGUGACUAUGACGUGUGUUUUGGUCGUAAUCCCAUUCGACGCCAUCUAGUGUAGCAUUUUUGACAGAGAAACCGCAACAAAUCGCGGGAGUUGUUUUUUCCUAGAGUUUUUGAGACGGUAGACAUGCUAGAGACCCAAAUUAACGUGUAGAAGCACUACAAAAGUGGAAUUUUCAUAAUAUGACGCCUUUAAGAUUCAGUCCUAUGGUACGAGACACGUGAGGAUUCAUAAAGGAGAGAAGUGAUUUAGUUGCAACUUUGGCAACAAAAGAUUUAUUAGGAUAUAUCAGCAGAUAUUCAUAUUAUACAUAUUCAUAGUUCACUGUUUUAAGUAGACUAUUAACAGUUUUAUGUCCCUAGAAAAUAUAACUCAUUGAAUAACACGAAAGAUUUGUGUUUAAAUAUCUUGUUUCUAUUGAUUUCUACAUAAUUUAUCUAUUUUUCAUAAAGUCCUUCAUGUCAUUUUAGGGUUAAAGUUUGUUUCUUGAACCGUAUGAAUGUGUUCUUAACUAGUUCAUAUGAUUAAAUAUGUUUGUUUUAAGACAAUGGUUUCUUGGUUCGGGAGAUUCAAUGACAGUGUGUGUUCUCCUUUAUGUAUUGAAUGGGUUUCCGAGAAUAAAAGUCUAAUAAAAAGUGCAGCCCUAGAAAAGCUCUGCAGUCCUUGAAAUUGUAGAAAUUGUAAUUUGAAUGUUUAAUUGUUGUUUCCAUUCCAUUUUGAAGUUGAUCUGAUGUAAGCCCUGGUACAAGUACCUCAAAGUAAAAAUGUGGAAAAUGGCCACUAAAUGCAAAACGUUUUUAAUAAUUCCCCAUGAGACUUUUUUGUUUGUCUGGUCAUGAUAGAUCGGUGUGACAAAUGUGAACGCGUUCCAGGGGUUUCGUAUUUGAUUUUUUGUUCGCAAAAGUUUGAUAUAAGAAUUUACUUGGUGCCGUCUAGUGUGUUUUGUUAGGCACAGCUUCAAGAAGAGUAAAGCACAACACAGUGUUCCUUUUCCAGUGCCUUUGUUGAUGAAACAAUUUGUUCCCUUAAUUUGUAAUUGCAUCUCUAGGAGAAUAAUGAUGAAUCUCAUCUAUGACAAGAAACUGAGCAGUGUUGGUGUCUGUUUAACUGACUUAUGUAUCAUUGGUGACAUUAGGUUUGAUUGUCUUAUUUAUUUCAAUGUUUUUCUGGGAUUAAUAAAAAACAAAUGCUUCUUUUAA